AUGACUACCGAAACAACUAGCACCCCAACGACAACUGUAACGUCAGCUAUAUCCGAAACACCUACAGCUCCCACUACUACUGAAACAACGACCACCCCAACGACACGUGUAGAGUCUACAACUGAGACAACUACAACACCCUCUCCGACUGAAACAACGACCACCCCAACGACAACUAUACCGUCAACCACAUCCGAAACAACUCCAACUCCCAUGAGGACUGAAACAACUACAACGACAACAAAAACAACAACGAGCGCCGCAACGACAACUGUACCGUCAACAACUUCCGAAACAACUACAACUCCCAUGACUACUGAAACAACUAAAACCUCAAUGACAACCGAAACAACUAGCGCCCCAACGAUAACUGUAACGUCAGCUACAUCCGAAACACCUACAUCUCCCACUACUACUGAAACAACGACCACCCCAACGAGAACUGUAACGUCAACCACAUCCGAAACAACGACAACGCCGACUACUACUGAAACAACUACAUCCCCAAUGACAACUGUAACGUCAAACACGUCCGAAACAACUACAACUCCCAUGAGGACUGAAACAACUACAACCCCAAUGACAACCGAAACAACAACGAGCGCCGCAACGACAACUGCACCGUCAACAACUUCCGAAAGAACUACAACUCCCAUGACUACUGAAACAACUAAAUCCUCAACGACAACCAAAACAACUAGCGCCCCAACGACAACUGUAACGUCAGCUACAUCGCAAACACCUACAGCUCCUAGUACUACUCAAACAACUACAACCCCAAUGACAACUGUAACGUCAACCAUAUCCGAAACAACUACAACUCCCAUGACUACUGAAACAACUAAAUCCUCAACGACAACCAAAACAACUAGCGCCCCAACGACAACUGUAACGUCAGCUACAUCGGAAACACCUACAGCUCCUAGUACUACUCAAACAACUACAACCCCAAUGACAACUGUAACGUCAACCACAUCCGAAACAAUGACAGCUUCCACUACUACUGAAACAACUACAACCCCAACGACAACCAAAAGAACAACUAACGCCCCAACGACAACUGUAACAUCAACCACAUCCGAAACAACUCCAGCUCCCACUACUACUGAAACAACUACCACCCAAACAUCAUCUGUAACGUCAACCACGUCCGAAACAAUGACAGCUUCCACUACUACUGAAACAACUACAACCCCAACAUCAACCGAAAGAACAACUAACGCCCCAACGACAACUGUAACAUCAACCACAUCCGAAACGACAGCUCCCAGUACAACUGAAACAACUACCACCCCAAUGACAACUGUAACAUCAAGCACAAUCGAAAUAACUACAACUCCCAUGACUACUGAAACAACCACAUCCCCACCGACAACCAAAAAAACAACUACAACGCCAACAACAACUGUAAAGUCAACCACAUCUGAAACAACUACCACUCUCAUCACAACUGGAACAACUACAUCCCCACCGACAACCAAAAAAACAACUACAACGCCAACAACAACUGUAAAGUCAACCACAUCUGAAACAACUACCACUCCCAUCACAACUGGAAGAACUAGCGCCCCAACGACAACUGAAUCAACAGCGAGUGCCCCAACAACAACUGUAAUAUCAACCACAUCCGAAACAACUCCAACUCCCAUCACAACUGGAAGAACUAGCGCCCCAACGACAGCUGUGACGUCAACCACAUCCGAAACAACAACAGCUCAGAAUAAAACUGAAACAACUAUGACCCCAACAACAACUGUAACGUCAACCACAUCCGAAAGAACUACAACUCCCAUGACUACUGAAACAACUACAUCCAAAACGACAACCAAAAAAUCAACUUCAACGCCAACAACGACUGUAAUGUCAACCACAUCCAAAGCAACUACAACUCCCAUGACGACUGAAACAUCUACAUCACCAACGACAACCGAAACAACAACUAGCGCCCCAACAACAACUCUAACGUCAACCACAUCCGAAACAACUCCAACUCCCAUGAGGACUGAAACAACAACAUCCCCAACGACAACCGAAAAAAUAUCUACAACGUCAACAGCAACUGUAACGUUAACCACAUCUGUAACAACUACAACUCCCAUGACUACUGAAACAACUAGAACCCCAAACCCAACCACAACCGAAACAACAACUAGCACCCCAACAACAACUGCAUCGUCAACCAUAUCCAAAACAACUACAACUCCCACUACUACUGAAACAACUACCACCCCACCGACAGCAGAAACAACUACAUCACUCACCACUACUGGAAGUACCACCCCAACGACAUCUGUAACAUCAACCACAGCUGAAGCAACAACACAUCCCACAAGUACUGAAACAACUAUUUCCCCAACUACUACAAAAACAACUAGCGCCCCAACGACAUCUGUAACGUCAACCACAUCCGAAACAACUACAACUCCCAUGAGGACUGAAACAACUAGAACCCCAACGACAACUGCAACGUUAACCACAUCUGAAACAAGUACAGCUCCCACUACCACUGAAAAAACUGCCACCCAAACGACAACUGUAACGACAACGACAUCCGAAACAUCUACAACUCCCAUGAGGACUGAAACAACUACAACCCCAAUGAUAACCGAAACAACAACUAGCACCCCAACAACAACUGUAACGUCAACCACAUCCGAAACAACUACAACUCCCAUGACUACUGAAACAACUACAUCCCCAACGACAAACGAAAAAACAACUUCAACGCCAACAACAACUGUAACGUCAGCCACAUCAGAAACAACACCUCCCACGACAACUGAAACAACUACUUCCCCAACGUUGACCAAAACAACUAGUGCCCCAACGACAGCUGUAACGUCAACCACAUCCGAAACAACUACAACUCCCAUGACUACUGAAACAACUACAUCCCCAACGACAAACGAAAAAAACAACUUCAACGCCAACAACAACUGUAACGUCAGCCACAUCAGAAACAACACCUCCCACGACAACUGA